AUGGUCAGCUUCUUAUCCUUGGACAUCGAAGCCUGUCUUGGCCACCCGUCUUGUCGAACGCGUGGAUUGGGAAUGCCCUUGUCGCCGAAAUAUUCCUCGUCGAGGCGAAGUUCCCAUUUCGAGCCUCAAGCUGCCACUACUCGAGGUCGCACCAGCAAUUUCGGUGCUGAUGAUCCGAAACUUAGGCAACAAUGGUUAGAUAUCAUUCAAAACGCCAGUAAAGAUCGAUUGAAAUACGAGGCACAAGCUAUCGAACAAACGAUUGCGGAAACCGAAGCGAAACGUGAAUUAUUACGAGAUAAGUUGUGUGAAAUGAGAGAAGAACGAGAAAUGGUAGAUGUGGAAAGAGAGGAAAGUGUAAAAUUGAAAGAAACUAUUGAAAGCUCAUGGAACAAAGUUUUUCGUCUAGAAAUGCGUAAAAUAACUCCUCCGAAAACGGGAAAUGAAUAUGAAUCGUCGGAUGAUGUGGCAUUUUCUUCGAUACAAAAUAUAUUGGGGAGUAACGACCUACCUAAUAGUCAAAAAAUUUUUCUUCGUACGAAAUUACAUCGUCCAAGACGAUUAUGUUUUGGAUAUGAAUUUGCUGAUGUACCGAUUGGAAGACGCGGUCUUGUCCAGUUACUAAAACUUGUUUUGGGUAAUAAUGUCUUCCACUUCUGGGGACAAUAUUUUUCACAAAGGUUUGCCACUGCUAUGGGUACACCGUGUACACCCUCCUUUAUUGAAUGA